AUGGGUGGUGCUGUCACUGUCAAGUCCGAGGUCUCCCUUCUAGAAUCUUCUCCCCCUCCUGUGGAGAAACCUGAAGGAGUUUGUUCCAAUACGGAGGAACACCACCUGGGCCAACCCAAUAUGCAUGACUCCUCACCCAACAAGUCAGUGCCAGCAUCUGGACUUAAUGCAGUGAUUCCUAGUACAAACCAACUUACCAUCUUCUACAAUGGGAGUGUUUGUGUCUAUGAUGGAAUCCCUGCAGAAAAGGUGCAUGAAAUAAUGCUCAUUGCUGCAGCUGCUGCUGCCAAGUCUACUGAAAUGAAGAAGAUUGGGACCCAAUCUACCCUCAUUUCACCUGUUCCCACAAGGCCUUCUUCUCCACAUGGAAUCACUAACAAUAUUGCUUCCUCCCAGAAGAAUUCCAUCUGCAGGCUUCAAGAAUUUCCAAUAGCACGCAGGCAUUCACUUCAAAGGUUUCUUGAGAAACGGCGAGAUAGGUUGGGUAGCAAAGCUCCUUAUCCUUCCUCAUCAACUACAAAAGUGGAAGAUAACAUAGACAACAACUUUUGUGCUGACAAUGCACCAGAACUGGUUUCCUUGAAUCGAGCAGAGGAGGAAUUUCAGCCAACUGUCUCUGCCUCUUGA